AUGCCCCCUUUCAUCACAGAGUCAGACUCUGAAUCAGACAUGUUUACGGCCAUCAAUUCUGAAGAAGUUCGUCGAACGCGCCAGUCCUGUGCCCGUGCUGUGGAGAUUGCGGCUGCAAAGGCCAAAGAAAAGAACAAAGACAAGAUGAAGAAAACAAAUCUCUCCAAAGCUCAAGUGGCUGCAGAGAAGGAUGCUGCUGCUGCUAGCCCAUCUUACCCUCCUCCUGCAUCUCCCGCCUCCUCCUUCUCCGCCUCCUCCAUCUCCUUUUAUGUCUUCGCCUCUGCCGCUGCCGCCUCCCCUGCGACUGCAGAACAGGCCCCUGGACGCUGGACAGCUCUGACAGAAACCCUGCCAGCUAGGCCGACAGAAGAGAUGACUGCUCUCAUGAACAUGCCAUGA